CCGUCCGUCCGUCCGUCCUCAGCGGGCAUGGAGUGAACGAGGUGUCGGGGGUUUCCCGCCUGAGAGCCGAGGUUCAGAGGGGAAAACAACACCAGUAUGGAAGAGUGUUUAUAGACCAUCCACAAACAGAAGGAAAGAGAAGACCUGCCAUUUAAAGAAAAAAGAAGUGCUGCAUAUACAAAUCCUCAAUCAGCAGGAAUGGCAUUAACAAAGGAUUCAUUUGAACGGAUUAAGUGGCUUAUCACAGCUGCCUGGUGGCUGCUGAUAGUUUUUUCAACUCAAGGAAUUGAUGGGGGAGGAUAUGCAUAUUUUGAUCCAUGUGGGGGACAGGAUUGUUCCGUUUGUCGGUGCUUUCCAGAAAAAGGAUCAAGGGGUCAGCCUGGUGAGCUGGGAGCUCAAGGUCCAAUUGGGUCCUUGGGAUCUACAGGACCAGCUGGUCUGCCAGGGGAGAAAGGACAGAGAGGUGAGAAUGGGAAGCCUGGGCCAGCUGGAGAAAAAGGUGAUAAGGGCCCAACUGGAGUCCCAGGAUUUCCUGGUUUAGAUGGUGUUCCUGGCCUCCCAGGAAGGGAAGGACCCAGAGGCAAGCAUGGUUUGGAUGGCUGCAAUGGCUCGAGGGGAGACCCAGGAUUCCCAGGAGAAAACGGUUACAUGGGACCAAGAGGUCCUUAUGGAAUUCCAGGGCAAAAAGGAGAAAAAGGAAAUUCAGUGUAUAUUUUACAUUUUGGAAAAGGACUUCCGGGAGAGAGAGGUGAUCCUGGACCCCCUGGCAUGCCUGGACCUAGGGGGUCAAGAGGUACAACAGGCCCAUCUGGAUACCCAGGCCAUCCAGGCUUGCCUGGUGUUCCAGGCUACCCUGGUUUGCCAGGUGAACAGGGAAAUCCAGGGAUUGGAGUGGAUGGACAAAAGGGGGAGCCGGGGGACAUUGGACUGCCUGGGCCACCUGGGUCACCACUGUUAGUUGGACCUCCUGGAGCUCAGCUGUUCAAAGGACAAAAGGGCCAAAAAGGAUUACCUGGAGUAACAGGAUACAGAGGGCCACCUGGACCCAAAGGCAUACUUGGGAGAGGAGAAAAAGGUGAAAAAGGCCUUCCUGGAUUCCCUGGAUUGCAGGGUCAUCCUGGUUCUUAUGGACCUGCAGGUUUUCCUGGAAUGAAGGGUGAAACAGGGUUUGCUGGUUUUCCUGGACAACCUGGCUAUCCAGGCAUUCAGGGGGAUCCAGGAGAAAAAGGGCCCCCAGGUCCUCCUGGAGCUGUUGGAACUCCACUUCUUCCUAUAAAAGGUCCACGAGGAGAUCCUGGAUUUCCAGGUCCUGUUGGUGAAAUGGGGUCAGUCGGACCAAUAGGUCCUUCAGGCCUUCUAGGAAGACCAGGAUAUGAUGGAACAAGUCUUCCUGGCUUGCCAGGAGUAAGUGGGGCACCAGGACCUCAAGGCUUUCAAGGGGACCCUGGUUUGCCUGGAACAGGUCAAUUAAUCCCAGGAAGACCGGGAUUUCCUGGACCACCAGGCCUACCAGGGCAGCCAGGAAGACAAGGCUUACCUGGACUACCCAGUGUAAUCUGUACUGACAGAGGGAUGCCUGGAGAACCUGGACCAAAAGGUCAGAUUGGCCUUCCAGGAAGAAAAGGGGCAAAAGGAGAGAAGGGAAGUCAAGGCCUCUGCUCAUGUGGUGCUGGUCCUCCUGGUCCCCGUGGUGUGCAAGGACCUCCAGGCACUCCAGGAAGGAAAGGACAAAUGGGAUACCCUGGAAGACAUGGAGAAAAGGGCGACCCAGGCUUAUCUGGUGCAGUGGGAUCACCAGGGCUCCCUGGGACUCCUGGUUCUGCUGGACAGCAUGGGGAAAAAGGAGAGAAGGGUGAUCCAGCAAGAGUUAGAAUAAAAGGAUUAAAAGGUGAAAGAGGACCUACUGGGCUUCCAGGAUUUCCAGGCCAAAGAGGUCCUGAUGGCAGAGAUGGGGAACUAGGAUUGCCAGGGGAAAAAGGAGCCGAGGGCGAUUCUGGAGUAGCAAUUCCGGGUGAUAAAGGAUUCCCUGGGCUCCCGGGACCUCCUGGGGUAAAAGGCCAGAUGGGAUUGCCUGGUUUGGGGCUUCCUGGGUCACCAGGAGCCAGAGGUAGCCCUGGAGACUUUGGUGAUAUGGGUAAUGUUGGGCCACCUGGUCCAAAAGGUCAGAAAGGUGAAACUGUCUGCAUUACAUCACCAUAUCCUGGAAAUCCAGGUCCCCCAGGUUUUAAAGGUGUUCAAGGACAAAAGGGUUUAAAAGGACUCGCUGGGCAUCCUGGACCAAAUGGCUUUGAUGGGCAAAAAGGCCAGCGAGGAAGGCCAGGGGCAGGAAUCCCUGGGCCAGAAGGCUUUCGGGGCACAGCCGGUGAUCCUGGUGAUGAAGGUGAAAGAGGAUCUACAAUUGAUGGCAAAAAUGGCCUUCCAGGUCCACCUGGCACAGAUGGUCAGAAAGGUCUUCCAGGUGACACCACUUAUGGCCCUCCAGGAAUCCCAGGCAACAGGGGACUGCCAGGACCCCCUGGUGCACAGGGAGCAAGGGGUAAUCCAGGCAUUCCUGGACUUCAAGGACAACCUGGUACCCCAGGAUUUCCAGGUGCCAAAGGUUUUAGAGGCCCAGAAGGUGAUGUAGGAGCACCAGGGUGUCCGGGCUUCCCUGGCUCACCAUGUGUCCCAGGCUUACCAGGACCACCUGGACUCAGAGGUGUCAUGGGCCUGCCAGGACCUCAAGGUUUACCAGGCUUUAAAGGUCAGAGGGGAGACAGGGGCCAGGCUGGGCCCCCUGGAAUCAAAGGUCUCAAAGGCUCUCUGGGCUCACGAGGUCUCCCAGGUCCUCCAGGCUCACGAGGUCCCCCAGGACUUCCAGGAAAUAAAGGACCUGUUGGCUUCCCAGGACAAACAGGAAGCAAAGGCAUUCAAGGACCCCAGGGAUUCCCAGGACUCCCAGGAAUACAAGGGCCAAUGGGAAUCUUUGGUGUAAAAGGUGAAGAAGGAAAAAUGGGUCUACCUGGGCCUAGUGGAGAAUGUGGAGAUAUGGGAAUAAAAGGUGAGAGGGGGCCUCCAGGAGACAGCGGCUGCGUUAACCUCCGACUUGAGAAGGGCCAGAUCGGGGAGCCAGGGUUUCCUGGGGAGCAUGGAUUGAGAGGUGAAAGAGGUGAAAAAGGCAAUACUGGUUUCAGAGGCACACGAGGAUUUCCAGGAAAGAAUGGUGUUCCAGGACUACCAGGUGACCAAGGUGACACUGGAGUGAUGGGGUUUCCAGGAUCACGGGGAUUGCCUGGACCGAAGGGCCUUCAAGGAAUGACAGGUUUUCAAGGAGAACCAGGUGACCAGGGUGAUGUUGGCUUACCAGGAAACCCUGGAUAUCCAGGACUGACUGGCUCCAAAGGAUGUAAAGGCAAGAGAGGUGACCCAGCUCCUCUGCUUGGUACACACGGUCAAAAAGGUCCUCUGGGAGAUCCAGGAUUGCCAGGACUUCGUGGAUUUCCAGGGGAGAAGGGUUUACCAGGUAUCCAAGGACAGCCUGGAAGACCAGGCUCCAAGGGUGACCCAGGAUAUCCAGGGCCACCUGGAUUACCAGGAGCUACAGGUCCUCAAGGAUUGCCAGGAGAACCUGGAGAAAAAGGGAAACCUGGAAUUUUGGGACAUCCAGGAUUGCAAGGGUUGCCUGGAUCCCAAGGCAGAAAAGGUCUUCCUGGACUGCCUGGACUGGAUGGCUUGGAUGGACUAAAAGGUCAAAAGGGUUCUGCAGGAGCUCCAGGUCAGAGUGAGACAGGGCCUCCAGGAUACUCAGGAGAAAUUGGACCAAAAGGAGACAGAGGUGAACCUGGAUGGCCUGGUAUUGCUAUUCCAGGCCCCCCUGGAGAAAGGGGAUUCCCAGGAUUUCCAGGUAGAAGAGGACCUGUUGGACCCACUGGACCUAUGGGACGAUCUCCUGAUAGUGCCUCCCCUGGUCCUCUGGGUGAUCAAGGAUUACCUGGUUUAGAUGGCAUCAGAGGUGAUCCUGGGAAUCCUGGUCCUCCUGGAGAGACCAUCUUUGUGCGAGGAGAUCCAGGUGAUAGCGGCAUUCGAGGGGCACCAGGUAAUCCUGGGCCACGAGGACAACAGGGAGCCAGAGGCCCUCCAGGGAGCCAAGGAAGAGAAGGCCCAAAGGGUCCUAUGGGGGUCCAUGGCCCACAGGGUCCACCUGGUGCUUUAGGACAACCAGGAGACCAAGGUUUUCCAGGAAGACCAGGUCCCAGAGGUCCCACAGGUUUCACAGGUGACCCUGGUGAACCAGGCAAAGUGGAUGAUUCAUGCCCUACAAUCCCAGGGCCUCCUGGGGAAGCAGGGCAAAGAGGAGAGGAUGGCUCUGCAGGAUUACCAGGGCCAAUAGGCCACCCUGGACCCCAAGGCAUAAAAGGGGAAGAAGGAUCAUAUGGCCUGCCAGGUGAAGAUGGGUUACCUGGGGCACCUGGACCACCAGGAGACCAAGGGAGCCGAGGAGAGCAAGGGUAUGCUGGGCCACAAGGUCCACCUGGCCAGACUGGUGUCCCAGGACAACCAGGCCCCCAAAUUAGAUCUGCAAGUGGAUUCUUGCUCGUCCUUCACAGUCAGUCAGACAGAGAACCACUCUGCCCACAGGGGAUGCCAAAGUUAUGGACUGGCUAUAGUCUGCUGUACCUGGAGGGACAAGAAAAAGCCCAUAAUCAAGAUCUUGGUCUGGCAGGGUCGUGCCUGCCUGUGUUUAGUACCAUGCCAUUUGCCUACUGCAACAUCAACCAGGUGUGUUACUAUGCCAGCCGCAAUGACAAAUCCUACUGGCUGUCCAGCGCUGCCCCGCUGCCCGUGGUGCCGCUGUCCGAGGAGGAGAUCCAGCCCUACAUCAGCAGAUGCGCCGUGUGCGAGGCCCCUGCACAGGCCGUGGCACUGCACAGCCAGGACCAGUCCAUUCCCCCCUGCCCACCCAACUGGAGGAGCCUUUGGAUAGGAUACUCUUUUUUGAUGCACACUGGAUCUGGUGACCAGGGUGGUGGACAGUCCCUUAUGUCACCCGGAAGCUGCCUGGAAGACUUCAGAUCAGCACCAUUCAUCGAGUGCCAGGGCCAGCGGGGAACGUGUCAGUUCUUUGCUAAUGAAUACAGUUUCUGGCUGACCACCGUGAUGCCUGAGCUGCAGUUUGCAUCAGCCCCCCUGUCAGGGACUCUUAAAGAAGGACAAGAGCAGAGGAAAAAAAUCAGUAGAUGCCAGGUAUGCCUGAAGCAUGGCUAAGAAGCAAAGCAAAAGCAGGCAGCUACAGAGAGAGGCUUAGGGGACGAUGAGCAACAUGCUAAAGAUUUAAACAGCACCUCGUGUUUCCAUCUGUGUCAAAGUGUGCAGCACUGUUCUUUGUUGGAAUGGAAAAAUGAGACACAGAUGAGGGAUGUGCUAAGCCUCAUCCACCCAUGUACACAGAUCCACAGGCAGUAAAAUCUCAUGUAAAACAAUUAAGAAAAGACAAAACUCUGUGUCAUUGGAGUCCACUGCUGUAAAGUACAGGGAACAAGGUGAGCUUGGAGGAUUUUGUCAAGCUGGGAAGACCAAGGACACCAUACCUGUUGUGCAAGAGAAUGGAUUUCCUGUCAGAAAUGGCAUUUACAGCAGGAAGAGUAUGUGCAUUUACAUGGCAUAUUAAAAAUAUUUAUCCAUACUGAUAGAAAUGAGCGAAGAUAUAAAUGUCAAAGCCCUGUAGCUGAAUUUCCCAAGCUAAAGAAACUUUGCACUUGCUGUUUCUGAGGGAAGGUAAAAAUGUAAUUGUUAAAAAAUAAUCUAAUAAUAAAAACAAUGAAGAUCGAAGUCUUUUACCACUGCAGUACUGAUCCAGACUGAAAGAACUGUUAAUUGGGCUUUCAUAAGCAACAAAAAGCUGCAAUCCAUUUAACAGGAGAUUAUGUAAGGAAAUAAAAUUAGCUGUGAUAACAAAUCCUUAAAAACCUGUAUUUAUAUUUACAAUUAAUUUCUAAGAGCAGUUACAUUCAAUUAUUAAACUCUUAUCCAAGUUUCCAAAGAAACAAAGCAAUUUCUAAUAUUAAUUGAAAAGAAACAGUGACAUGGUGAUAAAAUGGGUGAACGUAUCAGAGUGAUGAAUAUAAGAAGUGUUAGGACAAUAAACUGCAUUCAUUCUUUGCUUCUUUGUUUGUAAAUACACCGUGAAAAAAAAAAAGAACCAUCACCAUUAAGAUCCUUAAGGAAUGACAGCUCUGAAGAUCCUUUUUAUUUUUUAAAGCACUGAUUGUAAAAAUGUUCAUAUCCUAAAGCACUAAUCACCUUUUGAAAAAAUGAAAACACAUUUGUACCUCCUUCAUUCAUCUUUAAAACCAGAACUAUUCAAUGGUUCUAUAUCAUGGGGAAACAUCUGAAAACACAGAUUGCAAGUAGAGAAUCCAUCAUGUGCAGAAGGGCCACAAAUGCCCCUUUUACCACUUAAAUAAGCUACAUUUUACUAGAAUGGAAUCAAAUGCUUUCUCUAACACUUUUAAUUUCCAUUUGUGUUCACUGAGGUGCUCCCAGCAAAAAGAUUUUCAAGGAAACUGAAUACUCAUCCAAGGGUCCUAAUUCAAACUCCCUCUGAAGCCAUCACGAGUACAACAGGCUGAUCAGCCAAUUUAAAAGCUGGAUACACAAACUCAAAGAGCAGGAAAGACAGACAUUCCAGCUCAGCCAGAGGAAAAUAAAACAGUCAGACGAUAAGUCCAGUCAAGUGUAAAUACAUCUGACUGUGCAACUUCCUCCUGACACAACCAACCAAAUGUGCUCUCCAAUGUGCUGUGCUUACAUGGUGGUCAACUGACUGCCCUUUCACCUGGGGAAGGUCCAGAAGCCCUCCUGGGGCAUGUGCCAUUCCCACCUGUGCCAAGGAACAUUGCCCACUGGGACAGGGAACACCUCGGGUCACUCCCAGGUGAUUCUGACUGCACCCAGCAGAUCUGACACUGGAGCAGGGGCCAAUCCCUGCCACUGACCUCUAGGCAGGAAUUCCAUCCCCUCCUGAUUCAGGCAGCAUCCUACAAGCAGGGCAGAGCAGCUCUCCAGUCUGACAUAAACCCCAAAGUCUUGGCUCUGCAAGGUGUUGAACAGCUCAGGAGCUUCCUGCAGGAAGAAAGCAGUGGGUGGAGAGGAGCACCAGUGCUUAGGCCACCCGUUCUCCAAGGUGUACAAGCUGUGCUUCCAGAAAGGCCUCAGCUAAAGCCCCACAGGGCAGAAAGCUGCUGCUGCUGCUGCUCACAGUCACAGGAACAAACAGCCAGUGGCUCAGGUGAUGGCCCCAUUUCCUGAGUGGAUUCAGCUGAUUCCACACUGAGGUCUCGUUUACAAGCCUCACCUGAUGGUGCUCACCAGCUCCUGCCACUCAUCUGCAGCCUCUUUUCUGGUGAGAAACUCUGGAGGGGCUGGGGCUUUCCUGGAAAGCAAAGUGGGAGUUUUGGUAUAAACUGCACUGAAGUAAGCAACAAUCAAAACCUUAUGCACUGUGUUAUUGUAAACUGGGUCAUAGGGACAAGGUGAAAACAAAGGAAUAAAAAGGGUUUUUAGAAUUGCAUCUGUGUUCACCUAACUUGAACAAAUGCACCAAAAAAAUCUUUAAAACAACAGCAAAAAGCCUCACCAGUAAUUUAAAUAGGCUAUUUCACAGCACUUUACCAUGUUGCUCUUUUGUUUCCUUUAAAAGCAUUACACAACCCCCCCCACAUAUUUGUGUAUCAUUUUUAUGCAGAGUUUUUGCAACUAUGCCAGUUCCAUUUUACUGUGGUCUUUAAGAACAUAUAUGGGAAAUGUAUUUUAAGCUACUACUGAUAGGUCAGAUAUUUCAUAAGUGUGCAAAUUCCUGUUCCAUGCUCAGCUAACUCCAUAAGGCAUUUGCCAGAAAUAUUGUACUAAUUCAAAAUUAAAUUGCAGAUAAAUUGCUUAAUAUUACACAGCAAGUAAAACAGAUCAAAGUAUAAAGUAGCAGAUGCUUUAACUCUGCAAUCAUUUGUCCCAUGACUAAAAGCAGAAAAAUAAUUGCUAAAUUAUUCAUAGGGAUCCUAUUUCUGAAAUUAAGUGUGAAAAGGCAUAGCUGAAACUGUUAAGAGUAAAAACACUCCAAAAAAGCAAUGGCCUUGUGCUGGCCCUUGAAGUCCAAAUUACCCUUACUGUAGCAUUUCAGAGUUUGGAUCUUGUGCAGGUCCAGUCAAGAAGUGAAUUUUAUCCUCAACAGCAGGCAGGAUAUUAAGAGCAACACAGAAAAUGAUGCUGGCUGCACUUGGAGGUCACUGAAAUUGGAGCCAUUUGGGGUAAACUGCCCUGGAAUUAAAUUCAGAUCCAGUGAUUUCUAAUGAAAUUUGCUUGCCUAUCACCCUGGCAAACCAUGGCCAGGACAUAGGGAAGGCCCUGGUUCUAACUCAAGGCAAAUCCUCAGGGCAGGUGGCAGAUUCUUGCCCCUUGCUGGCAGCCACACACCUGCCCAGCUGCUCCACUCUCCAGCAGGACAGGAAAGAAAACAGGAGGACAAAGAGCAAGAAAACUCAUUGGUUGGCAUAUAGAAGAGGAAAUCACUUACCAAGUACUGUUGGGGGCUAAAAAGACUCAGCUCAGGGAAUUCAAUUUAUUCUUCUGGGGAAAAAGUUCACAAACCUUAACAUACCUCUCCUUCAAGUUUCCCAGGCCCAACUCACUCCAGGUCCUGCUCUGCUCCCUUGUUACCACAGCAAGUGCCAUCAGACCCUUCAGUGAGGCAGGGGGCAGCCAGAAGCUUCUUGGGACAGGUAUUGUUCCAGGUACAAAGUGGCUUCUCUGUGCUGCACCUUCAUUCUCAUUCUCUUCCUGUGCUCUGACAUUGUUCCUCUGUAGGCUGCAGCCCUUUUGUGGCAGUACCUGCACUGGCAUGGGUCAUUCCCAGAAUCACAUUAUUAUGUGCAACAAGUUUAAGCAAAACUGGUCCAGGGAUUCUUUCAGGGUAAACUCUUAACCAAAAAAAAAAAAAAAAUCUUUCCUAGUUUGGCUGUUUCAUGAGCACCAGAGGAAAACAAAAGUAGUAUCACAACAGUCAAACCCCAGAAUUCCUACAGUUCAUACAUUUUUUUGCCUGUAUUUAAGGCAAAUUAAGCAAACCUUUUAUCUAUUAACCAUUUAAGCAAAGCAUUUAUCCAUUAACCCAGGCAGCUCACUUGUUUGGAAAGAAUCCCCCUAAAGCUUUAAAGCAGACAAUGUGCUCUGCACCACACUUGCUCUGGGCACACAAGGCCAGCCUGCAGGGACUGUGCCAGCCCUCUAGCACAACAUGUGGGACCACACCAGCAACCCUCAGCAAUGCUCUGACCUGUACCUUCAUCCAGAUUCAGGAUACAAACCACAGCCAUCUGGGAGUUUGUUUCUGUUAUUCCACAUGGCCACCUCUCACUGACAUCCCACUGACUCCCAGCCCCUCCAAGCAAUCCUUAAGUAACUUGUAACUCCACUGAGUGGCCAUCCCCAGACAAAUGCUGCACAGAUGAGGACUUCUGUUCUAAGGCUUGACUUGCAUUAGAACUGUCUGAGCAAGACAGAAAACAACCAUCCAAGGCCAUGGGGAGGAGCUAUAGUGGGGAACAAUUGUUUGCAAGAAAAAGGAUCUCUGCAAAGCUAGCUGUGAGAAGGAGCAGUCAAGCAAGGACAGAGCCCAUCAGUCUUCAAAACAAUAAAAAAAUUCAGUCAGCUCUGGUAAGAACUUUCCAGCAGGUGAAGCAAUUGCUUCAUCAAACUGAGGAUCUAUUUCAUGACUGGAUCUGAUUUCAGAAAUCAGCAUUUUAAACUGACCAAACAACAAAAACAGCUGCUCAAAUUCUGCCCACCUGAACCAUCUGGAAAACUAGCCAGGUGGAGAAAAAAAUCCCCAUCAGCACUCCAACAGAUGCUGCUCCAUAUUCAUAUUUAACAGCUUUCCCCUUUCCUAGUCACUUCAUCCAGAUGUUCCAGAAGGUACUGGAAGUUCAAUUAGAGGUGACAUUUUAUAAGUGCAAAGUAAAAACAACUCCAUAUUUAUCAUUCUGGAGUGAACCUGUCCAACAAAGACAGUUCCUCCAUGUCAGGCAGCUCACACACCUCACAGCACAGCUCACCUUGUGCUUGACCACACACUGCCCCACUGCUUCACAAAAGAAGACAGGUUUGAGCCUUGUGGGAUUUUUGUAUAUGUGUAUAUGUAUAUUUUGAAUAUGUGGGAAAUUCUACAUAUUUAAAUGUUUUCCACAGAUUCACUGAAUUAGCAAUGCCGAACAUGUGAGACAAAAUCCCAACCAAGUCCUAAUGGAAGACCCACAGUAAGGUACCACCCUACAGACUCUCUGCUGCGUUCCUGUGUGUUAUUCAGGAUUGGUUUCUAGCAAGAUUUGGAAUGAAGCACUCAAGUCCCAAACUGACAUCAGGUUCAGCUUGGCAAAACAAAGUUUCAGUACCCAGGAAAACAAGAACUUUUCCAGAAUUUCGUCUUCCAUGCACAUGGCAAACACCACUACAAAGGGGUAUUUUCAUUGAAGUGGAGAUUAAACUUUCUCAUGGGCAGAAAUCAAUUAAAUUCUGAUAGGAAGUAAAAAAAAAAAAUUAAAUGGCUACUCUGAGGCAGUUGUAGCUGUAGUCUGCUUGACUCUGCACAUCUGCAUUUUAAAAACUACAAAACAAAUCAGUAUUUUAGAAUGCUGUGAUUCUAAUGUGCUUAAAUGCUUAAGAUGUAUGUAAGAAAAUGAAAUAGAUGCAAUAAAUGGUACCAGAUGUUACAGAAGUUUUGGCUACAGACAGCUUGUAUCUCUGCAUAAAUGAUGUCACAACAGCCUUCUCAGCUGCGAAACUUCAUACAUAAAUACUUUAUAAUUUUUAAGUCAGCAAAGAGGUCAUUCCACACUCACUAAUAUUGGAUGGAUUUGGGGGCUAUUCUUUCAGUUGUUCCAUGCAUAAAGAAGGAAAACAGGCACUCACAGAAUCCAGAAUCCACUCCACACAAUCUCUCUUAAAUGAUCCCUGGAAAGAAUGGUUUGGUGAAGGACCAGACCUAAACCAACGUUCUGCAUCAAUGCAAGCUCACUUACUGCUGACCUGCCCAACAACCUGAAGGGGUACCUGCUGAACCUGCUCCAAAGAGACAGAAGAAGGAAGUUCUGGAAUAUCUCUAGCUUAUUUGUAAAGUUCACUAUCUACAUGUUUAGAAAUCUUUUGCUUGCACUCCUUUUGCUGCAAAUUAGACAAAUUUCUGCUGGUAAAUGGAAAGAGAGCUGAGCUUACUGCUGUUCUCAUGCAGCAGAAAAAUGCUGUCACACGUAUCCCUGAUGUGCUUUUUCACUAACCCACUUGCUUUACCCAUCCCAGCUGAUCAUAUAAACAAAAGUGCCCAAACCAUAUUAGAGUUGUGUGAAAAACUGUCUGAGUUUCUCCAGUUUUCCCAGCUCCUGAAAGAGUAUAUGGGUAUCAGAAUUUAUUGUAAGACUUUUUAGAAAGCUUGACACUCCUUCAGAAGCAGCUCCUACGACUGAAAGCUCAGAAGUGUUAAUAUUUUCUUGCCUUCUGAAAUCUGGUAACAAGAAAUAACCAUUUUUUUUUUAUAUAGCGAACAAUGAGAAGUUUAUUAUAAACCCAUGCAAUGAUUCUGUCCUUCAUGUCUGCACACUCCAGAAGCCACAGCACAAACACUAGGAUCUGCUCGCCAGCUGUUGUGUGGAAGCAUGAUCACAUUCCCUCAGUACUGAACCAAAAGGGGCACAAUUCCCCAGCCAUGGAAUCAGAGGGGAAAAUGAGAGCAAGCCCCAUUCCCAUCCCCUCCCAGCAGCAGGGAGGGCAGCUGGAUCUAAAGUGUUCCAAACUGUUCACUCCACCCUCACACCUCUGGAGAGAAGCAGCAGCUUCAAAGGUUCAGCAGCUCUCUGUUAUUGUACAACAGCAUAUAUACACUUGGCACACGGGGUAUCAUAAUUAAACAGAGCAAGGGAUGGCCAGAGAAAGUUACUUUAGUCCUGCAAGCAAAAAAAAAGGCAAAAUUGAUGGCCUAAGAUGGCCAGUCCCUUCACUGUCUCCUACUACACUCUAUAUGCCUAUAUAAAUACUGUUUUCUUGGUAUUUGAAGGGGCAUUUUUUCCCCUUCAGGAGAAGUAGUGCUGCCAGGGAAAUCAGCACACUGACACAAAACCACAGCAUUUGCCUCUGCUUAAAGACAAGAUGGAAGAGGGAAAAGAAUUUUAAAAGCUAAACACAGUCCUUUCAUCACAUCUUAAUUCUGGGCUGUGAGAAACCCUUACUUAUUAACAGUAAUAUGUUAGGUCAUUCAACCAUUAAAUUUCAAGAAUGUGCCCAUUAACAAGUCUGCUGAUUAGGAUUAAUUGGGGAGCGGAAUUUCUUACAUGGUACCUGAUCACAGAGUUUAGAGGAAGUACAAACAACUUAUAAGAAAUCACAGCUCCUACAACAAAGGAAUCAAACUGCAAAGCUAUAUACUUUUUAUACAAAGCUAUAUUUGCUCCAAUAGCCCUUGAGACAGGCAGGCAGAGACCAGGACCAGAGAAGAAGCAAGGUCCAACACUUACCUGGGCAACUGCCCUUAAUUUUUGUCCCUGAAGAGACGAAGUGCAACAGAGCACACUGGGGAUUCAUCUGCCAAUCUGCCCUCAGCACUGCUCUGAAAACUGAUUAAUGGGGGCUAGCUAUCAUGGCAAAAGUCCUGCUAAAGACUCACAGAAUAGUUUGGGUUGGAUGGGGCUUUUAAAGGCUAUCCAGUCCAACCCACCUGCAAUGUGCAGGUGUUAAUAAACCUUCCAAAUACUGUACGUACCAGAACUUUUGAGUAAUCUAACUCCAAAGCUUUCCCUAAAUUAAAAAGAA